AUGACAUCAACAAACCAAAAUGGAACAACUAAUGCAUCUGUAGAAGUCGUUUCUGAAGAUGGUUCCAUGCCAAUAAAUGUGAUGAUGCAGGAAGGUGUAAAAGCAUUGACUAAAAUUCUUUCUAAUCAGCUACAGGACAGACAAGCUUUCCAAAACGCUCCCCAUGCUAUGCAAUUUGUUAUAAGAAAUGGUGGGAAAGCAUUAUCAAGUACACGACUGGAAGAGCUUAGAGAUGCAAUUCCUAAGAUGGAUUCGUUGAGUUUAGAAGAUGAACUUGCAAAAAUAGAUAAUCAAAGUAUUUAUCAUGUUGAUUCUGCAGAAGAUAAGGAGACUUUCGGAAGGAAAAUAGGUCAAAUUACUACUACAAAUAAUGCAGACUUUAUAAUGGACCAGGACUUGCAGAAAAUUCUUGAUAAUGAUCUCAGGGAUCCGGAACUCAAUUUGAAUGGUGAAGAGGCCGAAAUAAUUUUUGAUUACGAAAGCCAAGAACUGGAUACGCCAGACGGUAUAGGGGAGAAGAUUUCCCAAAUGAUAGAAUCAGUGUUACCAGGAGGGUUUGGUAAUGAAGAACAGGGGAGAAUGCGCGCUGUAAUGAAUAUAGAUGAAUUGGAUGUUGAGGAAGAAGUUGCCGAAAUUGAUCGCGAUAUUAUAGAUACAGCUCGUUUGCAUGGAGAUAGUCAACACUCUGUCCUUUCAAAAAAUCAUAGCAGGUCAAAGCACUCAAGGAAGAAUGGACAUGGGAGGCGACAUGACUUUUAUGAUGAAUCCAGAGACCAUAAGAGUUGUUGCCCGCACCAUCAUUAUGAAAACUUAUCAAAAUUAAGAAACUACUACUAUCACGAUUUCGAAUAUAUAUCUAAGACGGAAAAUCGUGCUCCAGAUUUUUCAGUCUUAGUUAACGAAUCAAAACCUAUGUGUUUAUUUUGUGAGUACUACAUGGUAUUUGGUGAGCCGCCGCGGAAUAUGAUAAAGUGGUACAAUCGUACAUUCGGUUAUAAAUGUAUGCCCAAUCCACCAAGAGAUGAACAAGAUAGUAGGAAAAGGAGUAGAUAG